AUGUACCGUCGGUUCCGUUUCGCGAUACUACUGUGGUGGUGGAUCGUCGUGAACGCGGAAGGCGACGUGGUUCGCAACGAAGAUAUCUGUGGAGCUCAAAACGGACGACGAUUGUAUCUCGAGCUAGGAGAGAAAGGGAUUCUGUACGCAAAAAACGUGUCGUUCGCGAAGAACGAAGCGAGACAGGACGGUUCGCGGAUUUUCGCGAGCAACAGUUCUCACGCUCAGUGCACUCUCGAGUUGGUGACGUGCCCCUCAUGCGUGGUAACCGUCAUCUUUGAAAAUAUCGCGCUGCCGCACCAUUGCGGUGACGGCAGCGUCAUAAUGGAUAGUCCAUGCAGGUGCGACUACGUGUGGAUCUCGGAACCACCGUACGAGGACGUGUCCGGAACGCCGUUCUGCGGAUUGUAUGCACCUAUUACGUACAGAUCGAGCACGAGAACUCUAUCGAUCACGUUACUCUACAGUCAGUCGCACAUGCACGCGUUCACACUCGAAUACACGGCGGAGAGGAACAGGUUGCACUUGAAAGGCACGGAAUUGACUGCGACCGGUCAAGUAGCGGCGGCGGCGGCGGCGGCGGCGAAGGGACUGAACAGCACAGGCGGUGGGAUUUUAACGUCCCCGUUCUUUCCCGCCCGUUACCCUCGUGAUUUGGGCCUCGAAUACGUGGUUACCUGUCCGAGCGAUGCUCCGUCGUGUCGCGUCAGGCUGCUCUUCAGUGAUUUCCAAUUGGCGACGGUGUCGAUAAUGGAGUUCUACGAUUGGAACGGGCAACGACUGGACGUGAGCAGUGGUGCGAGAUUUCGUCCGCCCGUGAUAAUGAGCUCCGGACCAUCGUUGCUAAUACGAUUCUAUGCGAACGGCGGGACAGGUUUGGGUUACAAGGCUUUCUAUUCGUUCGUGGUCGGGCACGCGUACGACAAAUCCGUGCAGCCGAUAACCGACUGCGGUGGUUACGUGGAAAACCUUGGCGGAGCUAUCACCAUGAUGGACAUGGUCGGCGAAGGUGUAAAGACGUAUGAUUGCGUGUGGUUGAUUAGACCUCCGAAAAACUUUUUGCACAUGAAAACGCAUAUGUACUUGAAGGUAGUCACGUUCGCGGACAUGGCUGGAAACACGGAACUGGUGGUGAGACAGGGUCCGACUUCGGCCCUUUUGCCGCUCGAGAUUUUGAGACAUCCGGCGAGUCAGGUGCAGCCGCCAAGGCACAGAGAACACGUUGCUCCCGUUACAAGCGGUUUUCACGUCAGCCUUCGUGGAACGUUCGGCCUCUCUUCUCACCUAGCGAUCGCCUACGCAGCUUUUAGCUAUAUGGAUUGUUUCGCGGGAUCCGACUACCUUUGUCGCAAUCAUAGAUGCAUACCUAGCCAGUUAAACUGCGAUGGCUUCGAUCAUUGCGGAGACAACAGUGAUGAACCAGCGACUUGCUUCCGAGAUUGGGAAGUGGAACCACAAGAUCGAAAGUGGCACGCGAACAAGGCGAAUUAUUAUUUUCCGAAGAUUGAUCGGUACCCGGACUUGAAGACGGCUACCCUCGUGUUCGUCGCGAGCAGCCUCGGUUUGAUUGUUCUAAUAUCGGCGCUGAUCGUUCUGCUGUACAGAAUGGGAGCCAGAGCGAGGCAGCAGAGGGAACUGCAGUCGAGAUUGCAAACAAUCAGCGAGCUGUUAGAUGGAGCACGGAUCGACGAAAUUUCGGUGCCGGACGAUCCGCCUGUCUACGAAGCUCCCCCUGGCUACGACGAAGUCGUUAAGCUCGGGCUCGAUUCUGAAAUCGUCGCCCGAAAAAAGAGGCGAGCAUUCAGCCGUGACCCACGAGGUAGAGGUUCUCCAGGACGUAGUUGCUCGCUGGAGGUUGUUCGAUCUUCCGGUUGCUCGUCGGCAGAGACAGCGAGUACCAGUCGUGGAAACUGCGUAACGAUGCCUGCACCAAACACCGAAGGCAACGCUGACUCACGGAAACGCGCGUCGUUCUGUUUACCGGACAGCCCACCACCGCCGUACGUCACCCCACCGGGAUCGAUGUCGCGAAAUUUUAGCCAGUCUGGCUUCGAAAAUCUUGGGAACACGCGCAGAGGCGUAGAUGAAGGCGAGGAUAAACACGAAAGGAAAGAUCAAGUCGAAGGUGAAGGCGAAGGCGUAGACGAAGUUAAUGUCGAAGGUGAAACUGUAAGCAAGGUCGAGAACGAAUGUGGGAACGGUCGAGAGGAGGAAGAGGAGGCGAGAGAACCACGGCAUCAAUGGUUACGCAGGGCCGGAAAACUUUCUCUCUCUCUUUCUCUGUCAGGGAGCUGCGGGCAAUCGACACCGGUGAUGCUAGCUCGGCCGUCCGUGUCUAUCGACGCCGAUCUUCUCGGUGCGUAUCUUCGAAGUCGCGAGAGUUCGAGUACGAUUGGCACGGCCGAUGCCUCGUGUGUUUCGCAGCUGAGGAGCUCGCUCACUGCUUCGAACGUCAUCGUGCCGGGAUGCGGAGAAAGAGGACGAGGCGAGUGGAUCACCGCGGAAGCCACAUCAACGAACCGACUAACCGAGGAAACGGUCCAACGAGCAACCGAACGAGGGCUCGAAGAAGUCGUGAUCGAUAUCGGCGUUAAGUCCGACGGUCUUUCGCAAUUUGGAUGUACUUGCGAGGGAGCCUGCGGAUGCGCAACCGUUUGCCGAUCGAUCUUGACCCAGGAACCUCGCGAUUUCGAUGUCGCUCGUAUUUGGCCGUUUCGACGCGUGUCCGUCAAGCAAGAGGAACGAAAAAAAACAGAAGAAGAAGAAGAAGAAGAGAAUAAGGAAAACGACGUGGAAGGGGAGAAACAAGAAGGAGGAGAAGGAGAAGAGAGAGAGGAAGAGGUGGGAGAAGAUUUCUAUCGAUCGAAAAACGCAAUCGUUCGACUUUUCGGGGUGAGAACCGGAAAAUGGCAAUGCGCAAGUAGCUGUUCGACGACAGCUUCGACACCGUGCAGCACGUUCAAGAGAUCCGCAAGAAAGUUCUCCGUUUGUUCGCGCGAUGGCCAUGUUAGCAGAAUCGGCACGUUUCGAGCGAUACACAGCUACGAGAAACUGAGUAAUUGCGAAUUCGAAAUGAAUCGGAAGACCUUCCUGCACGUUUCCGAUCCGACUUUGAUCGAUUCCGGCAGCCAGCGACACCGCCGCGGCCGUCGGUAUUCGAGCUGCGACUUAGAAAGCCUCUGUGAAGAUAUCAGAGUUUUGGACGGAGUUUUGGCUCGCAGAAACGUGACGGUCGGUCACGGUCGCAAACAGUCGGUUACGAUUAUGCUGUUUGGGACGCCGAAACACGGAGCGAUUUGCUCUCGGGCGAAUCAACCAGAAAAAAAAAAAGAAUUUGUCUAA